UCGGGGGGGCUCCCCCCAGCUCCUGGCCACCCCCAGAGUCCCGCAGCUGGCCCAUGGUGGUGCCGCGGCCCCUGCUGCAGCCCCUGGUGCCCCGGCUCCGCCGCCUGCUGCCCGGCCUCGCCAUGAGCAGCGCCACCGGCUCCUUCUCCCUGCAGCAGCCCCUCAAUUACCGGGGGGGGGCCCGGCUGCAGCCCACCGAUGGGGGGCAGGUGGAGGAGGUCUACGAGCCAGGCCACAGGCCGAGUGAUAGCCAAGCUGCUGUGCUCCGGGGAGAAGGAGGUGGACCUGGCUGUGCAGAGCGCCAAGGCUGCCUUCAAAGUAUGGAGCCAAAAAUCGGGCAUGGAGCGGUGCCGGGUGCUGCUGGAGGCCGCCAGAAUCAUUCGGGAACAGCGAGAUGAAAUUGCCACCUUGGAAACCAUCAACAAUGGGAAAUCCAUCUUUGAAGCCAGAGUGGACAUCGACAUCUCCUGGCAGUGCCUGGAGUAUUACGCAGGGCUGGCAGGAUCUCUGGCUGGUGAACACGUCCAGCUUCCCGGGGGAUCCUUUGGGUACACUCGCAGAGAGCCCCUGGGUGUGUGUGUCGGGAUCGGAGCCUGGAAUUACCCUUUCCAGAUUGCCUGCUGGAAGGCUGCCCCGGCCCUGGCUUGCGGCAACGCGAUGGUCUUCAAGCCCUCUCCCUUCACCCCCAUCUCGGUGGUGAGGUUGGCAGAGAUCUUCACCCAGGCUGGUGUGCCCAAGGGGCUCUUCAACGUGGUGCAGGGUGGGGUGGCCACAGGCCAGUUCCUGUGUCAGCACCCAGAUGUGGCCAAAAUCUCCUUCACUGGCAGCGUGCCGACUGGCGUCAAGAUCAUGGAGAUGGCAGCUAAAGGGAUCAAACCCGUCACCUUGGAGCUGGGAGGCAAAUCCCCCCUUAUCAUCUUUUCGGACUGCGCCCUGGAGAACGCUGUGAACGGAGCCCUCAUGGCCAACUUCCUCACGCAGGGCGAGGUGUGCUGCAAUGGCACGCGGGUGUUUGUGGAGAGGAAGAUCCUGGAUACCUUCACAAAGGAGGUGGUGAAACGCACCCAGAAGAUCAAGAUUGGAGACCCGCUUCUGGAAGACACCCGGAUGGGAGCCCUCAUCAACCGGCCCCACCUGGAUCGUGUCCAGAACUUUAUCAAGCAGGCGAAGGAGCAGGGUGCCCAGGUGCUGUGCGGUGGGGACCUUUAUGUACCGGAUGACCCGAAGCUGAAGAACGGCUUCUACAUGCGCCCCUGUGUGCUAGGGAACUGCACCGAUGACAUGACGUGUGUGAAGGAAGAGAUCUUCGGGCCCGUCAUGUCCAUCCUGCCCUUUGACACCGAGGAGGAGGUGGUGGAGAGAGCCAACAACACCAAGUUUGGGCUGGCUGGUGGCGUCUUCACCAGGGACAUCCAGAAGGCUCACAGGGUCGUGGCUGCGCUUAACGCCGGGAUGUGCUUCAUCAACAACUACAACGUCAGCCCCGUGGAGCUGCCCUUCGGAGGAUACAAGGCGUCAGGGUUUGGCAGAGAGAACGGACGGGCAGCCAUCGAGUACUACUCGCAGCUGAAGACGGUCUGCGUGGAGAUGGGUGAUGUGGAGUCCGUGUUCUAGUGGCUCUGGGGCCAUCCGGAGGGCGCGCCGGCUCAGAAUGGUGAAUCAUUUACCCAGCAAUAAAGUGCUGAGAGAUUGUAAGUGCCUGGGGGUGGGGCAGAGCGAGGGCAGCAUUUGGCCACCCCGCUGCUGCGAGGGGAAGGGAACAUCAGACUGGGAGGGAGCAACCUGGCUUUCAGCAGCUGGCACCUGCAGCUACUUCAUGUUAGCAGGGGCUUCCCCCCAGCAGAUCUUGAACCCUGCUCUCUCUCACCUUCAAUCAAGUUCAGUCUCACCUUACCAAGUGUGACUCUCAGUGCACCUAAAAGCCCUGGGACACGUUGCUGUGCUGUAGCUCUAUAGACUCUUUUCUCUGGCUAUAUAAAAGCCUUAAGAGGAGCCUUUAGUUUUUCCCUCUAGCCCACUUGUGAAUCAAAAUUCUGUUUUUUAGCUGUGCCUCACCUCCAGGUGGGACACGAUACCAUAGGGGUGGAGAGCUGAUGCUGCCUGUGGCAGGCAUGGUGCUGCAGAUGCUCUCCUCACACAGCACAGAGGAUAACCAGAGUGGUAGCGAGCGCUGACAUAGAACAGCUUUUGCCUAAGACAGGCAGGCAUCUAUUUGAUUUCUUUCCUAUAGGCCUACUUCUCUUUAUAAACAUGAUGAAAUAGCAAAUUUAAAUGUUUACCUAAUCUUUUUUAAGUAAUCAAAUAAACACUAACUCUGCAACAUCUUA